AUGGAGACGACGCCGGAAGAAGAUGGUUAUGAUCCCACUUCCCGUCACCCACUCCGCCUCAUCCGCGAGGACCCCCAGCAGCCUCCCCCUCCUCCUCCUCAAACCGAGCGCCAGGAGCGCAGCGAGAGCGUUAGCCUCCCUGGAAUCAAGGCGUUGCUGAAUGCUGCCGAUCAGCCCUCACUCAUGUCCCCCUUCGGGGGCUCCUUCUUUGUCGGAGUCAAGUCGGCUGCGCAGUCGACGACGUCCCCUCUAGACUCACCCACCUCGCGCACCUCGCGAUUCUCGUCCUUGACCUCUUCCGCCGCCGACAGUCAAGGUUGGUGGGCUCCGGACGACCGCUCGAGUGGCUUCUCGCGGUCAUCCUCUUUCAGCGCUCGUGGAGGAGAGCCCGACUUUAAGCGCCGCCGCUCCGAUCUCCCACCGAUCCCUCCAGACGCUGAUGAGAUCGCCCGCCUCAAGUGGCAGGCACAGAGCCGUAACGCAUCGUAUCCCGCGACGUUGCCGGGCGGCGCCAGCAACAGCGUCGGCGGCGGCGGUGGUGGUGGUCUCCGAGCGAUGCUCUACCCGCCGCCUACCAUGCGCGGCUCGAUCAGCGGCACACCGUUGGCGUCGUCGCCAAUGUCGCCCGACUCUCCGUUUGAUCACCACGCGUCGUCGCGCAGCUCGCCAAUGACGGGGCCGCUGUCGCGAAAGUUCGCCGACCUCCAUGCAGGGGAGCGCAGCCCGCCGUCAGAGGCAUCGACGCCCUUGCGCGCCCGCUCGCCCACGGACCGGCGCCCAUCGCUUUUCCCGCGGCCGUCGCUCUCCAAUGAGUCGGUUGGCCAGCUCAGCAAUCGCGAGACGCCGAGCGGCGCCCCUCGUUCCGCUGGGGAACCGGGUCAGCGCCUGUCUCUGACACGUCCGCCUUCACCGGAGCCGACUGCCCCGGUUCCUCGGCGAUCAUCAUUGGCAGAACAGAUCAUGGUCAAGAGCGGAGACGUCGCCCUGGCACAGAGCGGGCGUCUCUUCACCCCCGAUAUCCAGCACGACCGCGACGUCCCUUACAUUGGCCGCCGCGAGUCGACGGAAUCGAUCAUGUCCAACACAUCGGCCUCGUUUGUCAACCACUUGAUAGCGGAACCGGAGCGGACGGGUUCUGCUCAUGGACGUGACCGCCGUUCUGCCUUGGUUGCGCCCGUGUCUGGAGGGGCACGCCGUCCCUCGUUCGGGCCCGUCUCGGAAGAUGAACCUGAAACAAACGGCGACCCCGGCAUGCGCGGAAUGGAGGUUCUUGCCGAGUCGGCACGCCGCGUGGCUGAUGCGGAACGCAAGGACAGCAUGGAGGACGAUCAACCGGCCGGCAGCCCGGCAAGGGCAUCUGGGGGAUCGACGGGGCCCAAGUACCCUUGCCAGUACUGCAAGAAGGCGUUCACUCGGCCCAGUUCAUUACGCAUUCACACCUACAGCCAUACCGGAGAACGCCCAUACGUCUGUCCAGACCCAUCGUGCGGCCGCAAGUUCUCCGUCCAGUCCAACCUUAAGCGUCACGCCAAGGUCCACCACCAAAAUAACCAGCAGCACAAUACUAUCAGCAGCCACCAUCCGCGCCAGCACCGUGUCUGA